AACUGAUUUAAACUAUUGCCAGGCAACGAGGUCUAGCCUGUGCUACGGACCUCUCAAACAUACACUGCCAAGUGAUAUAUUAAGAUAAGGACUGCCAGGCCUGACGUCGCACAUAUUGCACCCUCGGUGAGCGGAGCGAGUUUUCACGAUGAUUGAAAGACCAUUAAAAGAAACUGCAUCCGUCGAGACUCUGCUGUGAUUAUUGCCGAGGGCAGCUACAGUGAAAACUCGACUGCACGAGCCAUUCACCACGUCGUGCCGGCUCAGCCAGCGGAUACGAGAUCAUCUGACGUCCUGCACGUCAACGUACGGAGGCCAAUGCUGCAGUAGGAGACUUGGCUGACUAAAAGUUAAAGCCAAUAAUAAAUAUAAGAAAAUAGUCAAUGUUAAGGUGGUAAAUCGAUUUAAAGCUGUCUGCUAAGCUAAUUCAUUGUAUGCACAAUUAACGAGCUCAAGAACAGCCAUAUCAUAUCGUGCAUAAAUACAGUCGUAAAGCAGAGAGCUAUAUAGUUAAAGAGGGCCCUUAACCAUCUAUGUCAUUUCAUGAGAACUUAAUUCCCGAACGUGUAUUAAUGUUUAAAGGGUAAAAAUUGUCUGACUGUAGAGCAUUAGCAGUACUAUUGUUUGUGACAUUUUGUAUCAUUCAUGUUUUGCUCAUCUUAGCGUGUCCAAGUGUAAAUGUCUGAUGUGAGUGGUAUAUAGUUAAAGGUAAAGUUAAAGUCACCAUUCACUUAAAUUGAGUUUAGACAUAAAACACUGUAAGACUAUAGUUAAAGCACAAACAGAGGAAAAAGGGCAACAAAAUGUCACUACCUGCUAAAGAAACAGACAAACCCCCAGAGACACAAGUCAGGUCCAGCUCUCGUGAACGAAGUCUAACACAAAAAGCCCUAGAGUUGCAAGAAAAUGAAGCUAAGAAAAACGAAAAGGCAUUCAAUAAAGCCUACGACUCUUGGAAGCAGACAGCAAGAGAGGUUAGACUAAGACUGAAAGAUUUCUGCUCAGCUGAAGACCUAAAUAGAUGCACAGAGGACACAGAAUCCAAAUAUGUCAUAGUACAGCAACAUUAUGAGCCCAUUCGACGCAACCAUACCACUACUCCAGAUAUUGCCAAGAAAAUGGAUGCAUGUGUCACUCUUACAGCUGAGAUUCGUGAAUUACUCAGUAAAAGGCAAGAGAAUAUAGAUGAGGUUUUCAACGACCAACUUGAGAAGGAGAGAGUGAGGGCGGCGCUAAAUAAGAAUGAGUAUGGCUCUGUCUUUGGAAACACGAACACAGAAACUGUAAUCUCAGAGUCAUCACGAGAACCAAGUAACACCUCCAGCUCCUCUAGUAAACGUGCAGAUGCAGAAGCAGACCUUGCAGCCAAACAAGAACAGGCAAAAGCUACACGAAGUUUACAUGGCCAACAAGCAAGACUCGAUAAACUGGAGAGUGAAUGGAAACUCAAGGAAACACAAAUGCUGGCAGAAAUCAAACAGAAGGAGGCUGAAAUGAAGUUAAAGCUAGAAGAGGAAAAAACAAGGUUACAACAGCUACAUGUAGAUAAUGAAGUAAAAGUAGCAGCAGCUCGAGUGAGAGCGUACAGACAUUUUGAUGGGUUUGAAAGUUGUGAAGAAGAGGUCGACCACACAUCUCAACAUGGUGGCCGAAAUACCGACCACAAACCCCCCCCCCCACUAAAUCCACAAGCAAAGCCAUUCCGGCUUCAUCCUGCACCGCCUGAAGCGCCAACGUCUCAGGAAGAAGUCAGCCUAACCCAGGCAAUUGCAAGCUCUUUUACGCUGAAUCGUCUACCUGUCCCAGAACCAACAACGUUUACUGGCGAUCCUUUGAAGUUCAUAGACUGGAAGAUGUCCUUCAUGGCCCUCAUUGGAAAUAAGCCCCUCCCAGUUGGUGAAAAGAUGCUCUAUCUAAAGAGUUACCUCGCAGGGGAGGCGCGCAAGGCUGUAGAAGGAUUUUUCUACAGAAACUCAGAAGAUGCAUAUCACAGUGCCUGGGCAGUCUUGCGAGAUAGAUAUGGAAACCCCUUUAUUGUCCAAAAGGCUUUCAGAGACAAGCUCAUGAAGUGGCCCAAGAUAGAUUUAAACGACCCCAUAGCACUCAGAGAGUUUGCAGAUUUCCUUCAAGGUUGUGUUGAAGCUAUUCCCCAUGUAAAGGGCCUGUCCAUCCUAAACGAUUGCGAGGAAAAUCACAAGCUUCUCCAAAAACUGCCUGAGUGGAUGGUUCACAGGUGGAGUCGGAUUGUUGUUGAAGAGUUAGAUACAUUUGGAGACUAUCCAAGUUUUGCACGUUUUACAGAGUUUACACAAAAGGAAGCUAGAAUAGCUUGUAAUCCCUUUGUAUUCCCCCUCCUGAUGAAAAACACCAAGACCACAGAUGAGAGGUUUCUCAGGAGAACGAAAGCACUCAACACCAGUACUGAAAUGAAUGAACCCAACUCAGAGACAUUUGUAACUUCAAACUCAAAACCAUGGCCACCUUGUUUAGUUUGUAAGGAUGAAACACAUGGUAUUGCAAGGUGCCCAACCUUUACAGCAAAGACUACAGACGAGAAGAAAACUUUGAUUCACGAAAAUAACCUUUGCUUCGGGUGCCUAGGAAAGGGGCACAUUUCCAAAAACUGCAAAAGGCGACACACCUGCAGCACAUGCAGUCGACGUCACCCAACCUGCUUACAUAUAGAAACAGACAAAAGACCUGCAGAGACAUCAGGCAAAUAUUCUGCUGCCACAGGAGAACAUACUAGUAAGGAGAUCCACAAAGUUAUGUCCCAUGCAGUGACAAAGCAUACUUCUGCCACCUCUAGCAUUGUUCCAGUUCUGGUGUCGUCAACAAUGGAUCCAGAUAGAGAAAUUCUCACUUAUGCCCUACUGGACACACAAAGUGAUUCAACCUUCAUUUUGGAAGAUUUAGUUACUGAACUAGACGUGGACACUCAAUCAGUGCAGCUGAAACUCAGUACAAUGACAGCGGCUAACACAGUCAUUGCAAGUAAGACUGCCAGUGGUCUUCAAGUUCGGGGACUCAACUCUGAAGCCUAUGUCAAACUACAGCAGACCUACACACGAGACUUCAUACCAGUUGAAAGGUCUCAUAUCCCCACUAAAAGAACAGCACUCCAAUGGCCUCAUCUCAAACACUUAGCAAACAAGCUACCACCACUUCAAGACUGCGAGGUAGGAUUGCUAAUUGGUUAUGACUGCCCAUCAGCGUUGGCUCCCUUGGAAGUUGUCACAGGAGGCGAAAACAAACCUUUCGCACAAAGAACCGUGCUUGGAUGGAGCAUCAUUGGCUCAGCCAAUCCCCAUUUGGAUAGACAGGGACACCAAAGCUUCGUACAUCGAGUCACAGUGAAAGAGAUGCCAACACCAUCAGCCACCGACGUGCUGAAAGUCUUGGAAUCAGACUUCAAUGAAAAAUGCUACGAAGACAAGUAUGUGUCCCAAGAUGAUGUUCGCUUCAUGCAACUCCUUAGUGACAACAUUAGGCAGAAGGAAGACACGUACUCGGCCAAAAGGUGGCGACGAGUGCAAUACCUGACCGAACAGUUCUGGAGUCGGUGGAAGAAAGAAUACCUCCAGAACGUUUCCUUAAGACAAAAGUGGCACAUACCCCAGCGCAACCUGAAGGUUAACGACAUAGUCAUUAUCAAGGAAGACAUGCUUCCAAGGAAUCAGUGGCAGCUAGGACGAGUGGUCGAGACAACUGAAGGGACCGAUGGUUUGGUUCGUUGAGUCAAGGUGCAAGUUGGAGAUCGCAAAUCAACAAAGAAACAAGAUUACACCUCCAAACCCUCGAUCAUAGAACGUCCUAUUCAGAAGCUAGUUUUACUCAUUGAAGGUGAAUAAUUGGCUAAAAUACACUUGCAUCAGACAUACUAGUAAACAUGUUUGCUAAGGCGACAAAGCUUAUUUGUGUGUGAACCACCAUACCUUUAAGUGUGUUUUGUUUUUUGACGGUCUAGAAAUCCUGUAUGAUUCACCCAGUUUGUUUACCUCGUUAAGUUUGUUCAUCAGGACAGGAUAUGGUGGGAGUGUAACUGACCGCUACGUUAUUUAAUAUGCAUGGUUAGGGGCGGGCGUAGGUAUGGGUGUGACGCUGCGAACCCCGGAAUCAUAACUGAUUUAAACUAUUGCCAGACAACGAGGUCUAGCCUGUGCUACGGACCUCUCAAACAUACACGUAAGUUACUGAAUUGCCACGAAUAUUGUGUUAUAUAAUCGGUUUAUAUUGGUUUUCAUUGAAACUGUGUGUGUUGUUCCUUGGCUCAACUGUUCAUAGUGCCAAGUGAUAUAUUAAGAUAAGGACUGCCAGGCCUGACGUCGCACAUAUUGCACCCUCGGUGAGCGGAGCGAGGUACGUUACAGGGACUGUAUUACAAGUGUUUGUUUGAUCCGUGAAUAUAUAUUUGUGAUUUAAUCAAUGACUUGUACUUGUUCUAUGUCUGUAUAUAUUUUAGUUUUCACGAUGAUUGAAAGACCAUUAAAGAAACUGCAUCCGUC